AGAGAGAGAGAGAGAGAGAGAGAGAGAGAGAGAGCGACUACAGCGCUUGGUCCCAUAUGUGGUAAGAGAAGAGAAUCAGAGUGCCGCACACCAGCAGCUCUGUCUCCAGCUCGGGGGAUUAUUUUGUGUCCAGAAUCUUGCGCAGGAAAUACAGUUAUGAACUGGGCUGGGUGUGCUGGAGACUUUGCUGGAGCCCGGGUCAGCCAUGGAGAGCAGCCGAGCAGACACUGACCUGGACCUCACCGCAGAGAAACCGCCAUCUCCGCAGAACAGCUCUCCAGAAUGCUGAGUCCUGUCGUCCCUUACAGCCUGUUGAAGAUGCACUGGACCCCGGAGCACGCUCAGUCUGUCAGACACUGGCCUGAGCAGCACCUGGACGUUUCCUCCACCACCUCGUCCCCCGCCCACAAGCCCGAGCUGCACGGCGGGCGGGGGCGGAGCUACAGCUACGCCUGGGCCAAUGACGACAUCUCGGCCCUGACCGCCUCCAGCCUGCUGAAGCGCUACGCGGAGAAGUACUCCGGCGCCCUGGACGGCCCCUACGACCGCGCCCCCAUGGGCGGGUACCCCGAGGCGGGGCCGUUCGGGCCCCUGAACGGACAGAAGGUCGAGUUGGACCCCUGGCCCCUUUCGCACGCCGCCGAGGGGCCGUACACUCUGGCCCCGCCCCCCGGCCACGAGAGCCUCGGGGGGGGCAAGGUGGCGGGGGCGGGCAGCGCGGGGGUGGCGAGCAACGCCCUCUCGGACCCGAGUUAUGGCUCGUGCGGCGCCCCCUCCACCCACGACUACGCCCCCGCCUACAACGGCACCUACCUCUCCUCAGGCUAUUGCCCCCAGCCCGGGACAGCACUUCCACCCACCCCCCUUCACCCCCUGCAGCCUGCCCCCACCCUGGUACCCAGCUACACGCCCCCAGGUCCCGUCUACAACUACCCCAGCAGCAGCUACCCCCACCAGCCCAGCCUGGCCCCCAGCUACACCCACGCCCCCGCCCCCUACCUGCCCUCCAGCCUGGCCGCCCCCACCCCCCUGCCGCCCCGCCCCACGGCGGUGGGGGGAAGCUACGGCUACCAGGGCCAGGGUUUAGGGGGGGUGGAGCCGAGCGGCGCGCUGAAGAGGAAGGCCUUCGAAAUGUCGGCGGAGGAAGAAGAAGGUGAGGGGUCCCGCUACAGGAAGUACGGCUAUGAGCACGCCAAGCCCGGCGGCGGCUCUCCCUACGGCGUGAGCGAGGUCAAGGCCGAGUGCCAUAGCAACGGGUUCGGACCAGCCAGCGCCGGCCCCCAGACCUUCAAACCCAGCAAGCCCCCGUCCCAGGCAGCUGGAGAGGAGCUGGGCAAGUUCUCUGGGCUGAAGCCCCUGGUGUCGCCCCCCUAUGGCGGGGUGGGCGAGUACAGCCCCCCGGCGGGGCUGACGGGGGAGAACGGGGGCGGAGACCACGGGUACCCACAGCACCACCUGGGCCCCAAGCUCCCGGCCCCCUGCAGCCAAUCGGGCGAGCUGCUGAAGGGCGCCGAGCCCCACCUCCUGGAGGUGGUGACGGGGGAGCUGCUGGAUCGGAGCCCCGCCCCUCCCUGGGCGGAGCUGGGCGCGGGGCACGCCCAGGCGAAGGCGGCGCUGGAGGAGGACCUGCUGUGGCCCGUUCUGCGGCCCGGCCCGGGCCGACGCCCGCCCAGAACCGUCCUGCUGUUCGGGCCGCGGGGCAGCGGCAAGACGGCGCUGGCCCGGGGCGUGGCCUCCCAGCUGGGCGCGGCCUUCUUCCGGGUGAGCGGCGCCGCCCUGGCGUCGGAGUGGAAGGGCGAGGCGGAUAAGCUCCUUCGGGCGCUCUUCUCCGCGGCGGCCGCCCGCCAGCCGGCCGUGGUGCUGGUGAGCCAGGCGGAGGCGCUGGCGGACGAGGGGGCGCGGCGGCAGCUGCGGUCCUGCCUGGAGGCGGCGCGGGCGGGGCCGGGGGCGGGGCCGGGCGGCCUGCUGAUCGCCAUGUGCGCCACGCGCCGCCCCGACCUGCUGGAGGACGCCACGCACCGCUGCUUCGCCAAGCGCUACUGCGUGGCGCUGCCGGACGCGGGCGGGCGCAGGCAGGUGCUCCUGCAGGCCCUGGUCCCGCUCGGGUGCCGCCUCAGCGAGCGCGAGGUGGCCGCCGUCCUGCAGCGCACCGAGGGCUUCUCCGUCCCCGAACUGCAGCAGCUCUGCCAGCAGGCCUCCGCCUGCGCCUCCGCCCCCUCCCCCGCCCCCCUGCACGGCCUCCCCGCCCCACUCGCGCCCCCCGCCUUCAAGGAUUUCGAGAACGCCUUCUGCAAGGUGCGCCCGCACGCCACAGCCAAAGAACUGGACACCUGCGCGGAGUGGAGCAAGCUGCACGGCCAAUGAGGAGAGGGCAGGGAUAAAGGUGGGCGGAGUCAGAGCCGAAGAGUCAAGUCCGUCGUCUCUCUCUCUAUCGAGUACGAGCAAGUCGGAUCGCGCGGGGAGUUCUCUUAACCUAGUACUUAUUUUGCAGCCAAAAAGGGGGGUUGAAGAAUGGUUUAAAGGUGUGUUUCGGGUAAGGGUGGGAGGGGGUCCACGCUGGAUUUAAUCGAUAUAACACACCACCUCAUAAAUGUACAUACAAUUUUUAUUUUUCCCAAAGAGUUGAAAUAGAGGACCUUUUUUGGGUGGGUGGGGGUGAGGGCUGGCGGAGGGUUGGGGGGGGGGGUUGUUUUUGGGUUGAUUUGACGGGACGUCUGAAUGACUUGUAAGGGUGUUUCACUAUCCCAGAUUACCCUUGACCCGGGAUUAAAUCUGAGUUUUGACAGGAUGGUUGAUCAGUCAGUGUGUGCAUGCAUGAUUUAAUCCCAGAUCACGGCCAAUUGGGGGGUCACUGAAAAAUCCCAAAUUACCGCUACUCUCAGGAUACUAUUUAUUUCAAGUUGCUCCAAAAGCAUGGCAGGUUUAGGUUUUUUAUAUUUUAAUUUUGGUUUUUAAUGAAGUUGAUUUAGUUGUUUAUUCUGGCUGCUUGGCUUGUAAAGGGCUUUGGAUCUUAUCCAGAAUCAAGACUGUUCUGCACACACACAAACACAAAAUAAUAAUAGUUAUAACAGCGAUGCCCUUGUUCGUUUUUCCCUCAUAACUGUCAAAUACACCCAUAACGAUACUAUUAAUCCUUUUCAAGGGAGAAUUGCUUUAAAAUAUUAAAAUUGCUUACUCCGUGCACCCAGUACUUCGCCAUGUGACUGAGUGUUCUAUCCAUGGCAUGUAAGGCAGGACAGCUCGAUAAAAAUGUUUUCUGCAACCAAUAAGGGGCGCAAAAAACAUAUAUAUCCAAAUGGUUUCGUUAAAGCCCAGGACACAAAUACUCACAAAUUAUUUCCAAAUGUAGCCUCGGGUUUCACUUGCGGGUCCCGCUGUACACAUAGGACACGGUUUUGGUACAUUCGGUUAGCGCAGUCAGCGCUAGCAAGUACGGGAUGCGUAUCGUAACGCAUUUCAAAGCAUCGUUUUUCACCGUGACAUUUUCUCCUCUAACGCAUGCCAGGUGGUGACCUCAUCACGUUUGCAGUUUCCAAAGCGCCAUCAUUCCUCGCGCAAAUGUGACGUGACAUAACGUGUUCCUUGAAACGGGACGCAUAGGCAAGCACACCAAGAUCUUCGCAUAACCCCGCGCCACACGUUUUAUAGAACUUGAAGGGAGACAGAGACCCCUGAUAGUUGUUUGGCACAAGCAUCAUUUAAGAACCACCUUCAAAGCUGCUAAAAUUGGUUAAUGGUUAAAAAUCCAUGCACACGUCACAUUGAAGGGUACGUUGGAUUCGCACACAAUCAACAAAGCAAUCAGUUCGUAUGUGUCCACAUUCCGCAAUCCACUGCAGUUUUUCUGAAGGAGUUUCUCAACAGCCCCCCACCCGCCCUAAAUGUUUUUUUAAAAAUAAAAAAACAGACAGGCCAUUCAGGUCCUUGGAUGUCAACUUUUUUUGUUGUUUUAUAAAUGUAAUCUUUUUAUUUUUGCAUAGUAUGUGUAGUCUUGUUUUUUUUUUUUUCAAAUACUCAGGAAGAAUUUCUUUACCUCAGAUUUUUAAAAAUGAAUGUAUGUAACCAUAGGGUCUUAGUAGUGAGCUUUGAGAAGACAGAGACACGACACACACCUGUACACAUACUACAGCUGUGCUCUCACCUCACCAGAAGAAAAAAAAAAAGAUAAAAACUUGAAGUUGCUACCAAGACUUACUGUACAUUGAAUGUAAUUCAGGUAUUUUUCAAAGGAUAUUUGAAGCCACAAAUCCAAUGUUUUUUAUUAUAUAUACAUAUAUUUGUUUUUUUCCCCUUACCCAUCUUUCUUUCUAUUGUAGAUUUUUGGUGGAAUUAUGAUUGUCUUCAUGAAGUGUAGAUAACAGAAAAGAUGCCCUUUUUUGUUGGACAAACCGUUUUGAAAAACAGUGUUCCGAAUGACAGAAUGUACCUGCGUUUCAUUUCAGCCAUCUUCCCUGCAUAUGUGCGCGUGUCUUAUAUAGAAUGUAUAGCACACACACGUGGCCACAUGUGUGUGUGAGCAGGUACAUAUAAAACACGUUUAAAAAAGCCAUUGUUUACAGACACACAGGAGCGCUCAAUCUUAACGAGUACGGAGGCUGUUGUACACCAGGAUUUUAAUCAGCAUUUAAUCUGCAUGUGACUGGCAGGCCAAUCAAAUCACUGGAUAUAAUCAAUAACCAAUCGCAAAUAUUUACACUCUUUGUCCCUCCUCUCCCUCCCUUUCUCUCCCUACAUGCAGACAAUCCUGAACAAACAAUAUGUGCUGAUGUUUAAAAAGUCCUGUAUUUUAAUAACAAAAAUACCCAUAAUCCUGUGGUCCCCCCUGGGAGAGCAGCGCGCUGUGUGCCUCGUGGGUAUGAGGGCGAAACGCCGAUGUUGUUUCCCCCCCCUCCCCCUCCCCCUCUCCCCUAAGCCCCGCCCCCCCAGCCGUCCCCGGUGACGGAUUGCGCCUGAUUGUAAGCACCGGUGGCCAUGUGGUGCGCCGCGAGCCCCCCUCCCGAACCGAAGCCUUUUGGGGCGGCGGCGCCCUGAUGGAUGGCCCGUAACCCAAUAUUACUAUUCGACCCGUCCGCUGGCUGCAGCUGCCGGCCUCCGUCACAGCGCGCGGCCCCGUCGAUUCACAUGACCCCUGCCACACAUAUUGAUCCGCGCUCAGGAAACCGCCACAUACGCCAAAAAAGGACCCUCCUCGGGACGGGCCGCGGGGGUGGGGCGGGGGGGUGGGGUGGAAGGCAUUCUGAUGGGAAUUAACAGGAUGGGGGGGGCGGGGGUGGGGGCUCAUUUAUAAGAAAUGAGGUUUGCAUGUCAAACGAGCCAAAAAUGCGGGCGGUCGGUAAGUGAGAAUAAUCAGUGACGUUCACGCCUGAAUAAGUAAAGGGCGAUGUCAGACUACGCCAAACGUGUGUAAUGAUCUCUAAAAUAAACACAAGAGAAAGGUACGGGCAGAGAAGUCUCAGACAGCCCAUGUGCUGCUCGAUUUCUGAGAGGAUUCUGAUUCUCAGCAGUCUCCAUUUACUAGGAUUGUCCUGCUCUCCAGGUUGCAGCCCAGUGUUUACUGUAGCACUAGCUGGAGCGGGAAAUAUUGCUUUUCAGUUCACCGUGUUUUGCCAACAGCCAGUGAACUGGGCCACCCCUCAUUACAGGAAGCCAUAAGACCAGAUCACCCAGGAAUGGUGUGCGGGAGGGGGGAGAGAUUUCAGUGUGAUUUUGGUUACCUGGGAAGGAUGUUCACCAAGCAAUGAGCAAAACAAAAUUCAGCACUUUUCAGAAAUCAUUUGCUGAGUACACCAAACUUAACUGAAAGAAAACGGGUGGUUCUUUGUGAAUCGUUUUGAUUAUUUCUCCCUUUUUUUCCCCAAAAAGGUUCUCCAAAAACUUUCAGCAGAUUUAGGUACGUAAAAAACUGUAAAAAAAAAAAAAAAAAAAACGGUUUGUCCAGCAGAAGUGGUAUGUUGAAUUGCCGUUGUUAUCCUGUUAGAGCAGUUCUUGUAUGUUCUUGUAUCUAGUACAUUCUCUGUAACCAUUUCUACCUCAUUUUGCGACAUAUGUUACAUGAAAGUAUUUAUUUCAUGUCUUUUUUUCGAUGUCUGUUUUGAAAUUAUGACGAUAAUGAUAAUGUUCUUGAACUGUAAUGGUCUACCUCAGAAGAGACUAUUUUAAGAGAAAAGUAUUACACGCUAUUAAAAGAGAUUAUGUCA